AUGACAGGAGACGGCAUUCCCGUCUCGGAGUACUUCAACGGGUCUCUCCGGUACCGUCUUCGCCUUUGCGAGCUGCAAGUCAACCCGGAGGAUUCAACGAAGAUCACAGAAUCCACUUGGGCGGUGGCACAGACCUAUUGGCCUGAUCACAUCAACAUCUUCGUUAACGGCAAAGUCAUGCCGAUCCGUCGCAAGCAGCACAAUGGACAGCACCAACCGGUCGAGCUUACCCCGCUUAUUUUUGCGGGCACAAAUUCGAUAUCAGUGGCGAUUUCACCGCCGUCCCGCCCUCAAAAGCCAGACACGACGUACUACAUGGCGGUUGAGAUUAUUGAAACCUUGAGCCAUGAACACAUUUUCGAUAUGGUCUUACGGCACGGUGUCAUUUCGGCUGAUUCAACAAGGAAGGCCAUCCAGAACCGUCUGAAGCCUGCCGCCGAGGAUGAAGAUGACGAACUGACUGUGGUGGGUAACGAUCUUAGCAUUGAUUUGGCGGACCCAUUCAGUGCCACAAUAUACCAGAUCCCGGUCCGGGGCGUGAGUUGUACGCACAUGGAAUGCUUCGAUCUUGUCACUUGGCUGCAAACACGGCCGGCCAAGCCUAGGUGCACGCUUCAUGCAGCUGGAGAUGAAUGCCGUCACUGUAGUCGUGGUCUUGGGGCGAGACCUGAGCCGUCGUUGGUCGAUAAAUGGAAGUGUCCUUUAUGCGACAGAGACGCUCGUCCUUACAGUCUUCGCAAAGAUAAUUUCAUGGCCGAGGUUCGUUCGAUUCUCGAUUAUGAGAAAAAGCUUCACACCAAGACAAUAUACGUCGCUGCAGACGGAACGUGGAGGCCAAAGGUAGAAGAAGUAGACGACGAAGAUGAUGAUGAAGAGGAGAACGAGCAGCCGCCUGCGAAGCGGGUUAAAACACGACCAACAACAUGCGAAGCAGCAAAUGCUGUUGAGGUUAUCGAGCUGGACUGA